CACGGCAGAGACGGGAGCUAGUUCUAUAACUGGCAAUCAGUCGUUCCUGCGUGUAUUAGAGAAGGAAUUUAAAAUAUCUAGACCGACUAGCAAAACCUGUGUGGCAUGGCAAAGCUUAUUCAAUGGUUGAAGAAAUUGUUUUUAGGAGAUGAUUCUAAUGCAAGGGCGUACCCGUAUGAUGAAUCAGUUUCAAAAAAGCAUGAUGAGCCUACAACCUAUAAGCCGGAAGCGGAAGCCGUUAAUCCGAAACCAUUCUUAGAGGAUCCUUCGUUUAACCGACAAUGGAUAAUCCAACAAGUGGACACAAUCGUUCGGAUUCCACGACGCUUGACGGUGAUCGAUCCAACUAAAGAUUGCGCCAUUUGUCAGCAACGAUUCGGAUCGGUGUGGAUGUUCCGGAACCAUAUAGCAACGGACCAUGGUAGCGGAUUCAAGUUGGAUCAUUUGCUAAGCUUUGAUCCCCGUAAUAACCGAAUCUAUUGUCAGAUAUUUACGCUGAGCUUGAAACAGCUUCCAAUGAUGCCUCCAACAUUUACAAUCACUAUAACUACCGAACGUAUGACGACUAUGGUUUUGAACUCCAUUUACAUCUUCGAUGGCGUCCAACUCAUGCCGGUAUUCGUUGGAUAUCAGGUGCUUCGGGUCUAUUCAAGUAAUUCGUUUGAAAUAACGGUCACGCUCGAUGAAAUGGUGCUGGCAAAAGGACGUAAUAAUUCUCUUCUUAUCACGGCAACUUACAUUAUUCCAGGCAUUGAUUCCGAGUAUCAAAUCGUCGAACAGUUUUACUUUACGAACAAGGAAGCUGAACUUAAGACAUAUACGAGAAAGACAAACAAAACCGAGCUCAAAUUAGCGAAAUUACCGCCAUAUGACAUUCCAAGAUAUGUAGUCUCACUUUACAAAACCAAUUGCCGCGAUAAUAAUUUAUAUAGGGUGUCACUGACGGUGGAGAAUUAUUCCAUACAACUUGCUUUGCUAAAUUACUUGGAAGCCCAACACUUGCUCCAGGAGUAUUCUAACUACACUAUUUUGAAACCAGUCAUCGUUGCGCACGGUAAUUCAGGAUUUUUUAGUAUUUCGAUUGACCAAUUCAAACAGAAACCCAAACUUCUGAGCGAGGAAGUAAAGGUUGUUUUCGUAUCGGAAGGUGAGCAUGAAACGAAAAAAAUAUACGGUUUCAUAGAUAACAUCUCCAAAGAAACGAUCACCUUCCGGAAGCUGAAGCUCAUCGAUACAGCAAAAGUAUCCAAGGUGUCUUUCUUGCUGAAUCGAACGACAUUUUGUUUGGAGCAGUGUGCACUGAAUCGAAUGAGUGCGAACUUGAUCAGGAGCCUUUGUUUCCCGGUAGCGGUUGCAAGAUGUCCACCAAAGUGUUUUACAAGAUUCGAGUGGAUCCAGCAAAGUGUGGCGUGCAAUAAGGAACAGAAAAUGGCUGUUUUUAACAUUAUUAAUCAAACGUCGUUCCCGGCGCCGUACAUUUUAUUUGGACCUCCAGGAACAGGUAAAACAACAACCCUUGUGGAAGCCAUCGGUCAAAUAUAUAAACUGCGUCCAACGGUGAAUAUUCUGGUGGCGGCAACGUCAAACUUUGCCGCAAAUGAACUCACUAGUCGCCUGCUAAAUGUCAUUCCGCAUGAGUCAAUUUUUCGAUUCCUCUCUCAUUCGUGCCUCAGAAAGAUGGAGGAUAUCGAUGAGGAUGUCCUCGAUGUUUCCAAUCUAGCCGGACAAUCUUAUAGCAACAUCUGCUACGAGGAUAUCUACAUGUGUCGCGUGACUGUGACUACACUUACAACUGCCGGUAGACUAAUCCAGGCCAACAUAAAAUCCAAACAUUUCAGCUAUGUAUUUAUCGACGAAUGUGGGAGUGCCAAAGAGAUUUCAUCACUUAUUCCGAUUGCUGGUCUGGCCACAAACGGCAAUACAAUCAAUGCAAGUAUUAUACUGGCAGGCGAUCCUAAGCAACUGGGACCUGUAAUUCAAUACGAUUUUCUCAAGCAAACAACCCAUGGCCUGUCCAUGCUGGAAAGAAUGAUGAAUCUUCCACUGUACGCAAGAAGUAAAGUGACUGGAGAGUACAACACUGAAGCUAUAAUGCAGCUUCGUGAUAACUUCAGGUCCCAUGACAACCUGUUGCAGUUCAGUAACCAAGAAUUCUACGACGGUCAACUUAGAGCAAAGGCAUCCCACGAAAUAAAAUCAAAGGCUGUUGGGUGGUAUCACUUGCCCAAUCAGAAGUGCCCGCUAAUCUUCCAUCCGGUCAUUGGUGUAACAAGAAAAGAUGAUAUGACGUCCAGUUUGUUUAAUAGAGAAGAAGCGAAACAAGUCAUAUUCUACGUGUCUGACUUGCUGAACAACGGAAUUAAUGGAAAGCCAGUUGAUCAAAAUGAUAUCGGGAUUCUGUCGCCAUAUGCGCGACAAGUCAUCCACCUGAAACAGCUUUGCUUAUUCAGAAAGUGGCAGCAUAUUGAAAUCGGUUCAGCAGAACAGUAUCAAGGCAGAGAAAAGGGGGUCAUGAUCAUAUCAACUGUACGGUCCUGCUGUGACGGCGUAGGAUUUUUGGCCGACCCUAGAAGGCUAAACGUCUCCCUUACUAGGGCUAGAUCACUCAUGAUUGUGAUCGGUAAUAUGGAAACGCUAGAACAGGAUCCUUUGUGGAAAAAGUUUAUCGCUUACUGUGGGCAGAAUAAUACUAUAGUUCAAGCACAUGAAAGCAAACUACGUAACAAGUAACCUUCAUAAUUGUUUUUUUUUUUCUUAAAAUUCUUUUUGCACAAUUUGAAUUAUUACAAGAUUAUAAGUGACGAAUGCAUAUCACCAUAUCCACCAGAUAACUAUAUUUGAAGAUAUUAAUUUUAAUAAUCAUAGAUAUUAAUUCACUAAUCAUAUGAAUAGCAGAAAUAGUCGUAAUUAUAAGAUUAUAAAAUCAGUUCAUUUACUUUCAAUCUAUAUACUUGUUUGUAUCAACAGAUACGUAUUUUGUUCCCUGUCGGGUUCCUUCCCGACAUGUUUUCCAUCCACAACACCAGCGAACUCCCAGUCCAAAACAUCUUAUCCUUUAGGGCAGUUUUCUAUCAUCAAGGAUUUGCCUAGAAUAUUUUUGAUGAUUUUUAUAUCGGAAUUUGGUGUGAGAUUUAUGUUCUUGAGCAUGAUAAAGCAGAGAAAAAUAAUAAUAAAAAAUUGUAAAAGAGAAGAGCAGGAGGAAGAUGUAGGGAUUGAGAUGGGUAUGGAUGGUGGAACGAAUUGACCUUUAAGUUUUGUGAUGUAUUUCGUGGGAAGUAGUAGUGCUUCCGAGCUGCUGCAGAUCGAGCAGCAGCUGGAGACGGCUGAUUCGGGUGCAGCCGUCUCUUAGGGACGUGACAAAAACAUCAACGGUUAGCUAAUACACUACACAGUUCAUUUUUACGAACAACUACAUAUAACAUUUAUUUACACUAAUCAAUAAAAGAAGUUUAUUUACGACACUAAACUACAUUUAUUCGCGAACACGUAUGUAAUGCCUCUACUACGGGGAUGACAAACUACGCCAUCUUUGUAACAUAUUUUUUGAGUCACUAAUACGAAUGCACUGCAUUCAGCGAACUGGACUAUCGAAGUCCAUAACUGGCGCCUUAUGAAUCUUCGACUGCUUCUUCCAUCAACAGUGCUUCUUAUACGCAGUUACUUUCCCGAGCAUUCAAGCGUCGAUUAGCAUGUGGUCUACAUACCGGCCUCUCAACCCCGACGUCCAUGGUUCGAACCCAGUCUGCCGCACUCUCCUUUUUUUAAAAUAAAAAUCAUCAUUCAUAAGGCAACAUGUUGAAAUUCAUACCGAUUCCUUGUGGCAAUUUUCAUAAGGCGUUUGAUUGAAAAUCAUACGUCCAUUUUCCUCAGUGUGCGAAUGAAAUAUAAAAAAAAAUCGAAGGGUAAAAAUAAUAUAAAACGAGCGCCUUGUUCAAGUAGCAAUCUGAAGAUUAAAGCAAAUAAGUUGAACAUUUUACGAGACUUGCUCUGUAACCUGAAAGACAAAGUACCCCCAGAUGACCUAUCAGGAAUAUAUCAAAUUCCUUGUAAGGAUUGCCCAGCCGUUUACAUCGGUCAAACACGCCGAAAAGUGAAGACCCGCCUGAAAGAACACAAAAACCCGAAGGAGUCAAGCGUGGCUGCACACACGGACGAACUCAAUCAUGAAAUUGAUUGGAACAGCGCGAAACUCAUCAAAUCCAUCAGGAAACCAUCACACCUCAACUCUUGGGAAUCAAUGUUCAUCACCAACUCCAACACCAAAAAACCAUUGAUGAAUGAAGAUGAUACCCCCAUUAUGACCUGCCUCUACAGUUUAACCAACACAGCUAUACAUUAGCCUCCCCAAAAGUAAACAGUCGGACAUUGUCCUGAAGAUGGGUGACAUCGCGCCCGAAACCGGUCGACAGAAAUGUAAUUUUUAACUCCUUUGAUGAUUGUAAGUACUCGCGUCGCGUCUUCAAGUGUAAGUUGAACAUACUUAAGUUUAAAUCAAGUGUAAAAUAGUUUUAAUUUGUAGUGCGGUAUUUUUUUCCUCGAUUUUUUUUCGUGAUUGUAUCAUGUUGCAUUAUUGAGUGGUAUGGCAGUUUUGCUUCAUAUUCUUCUGUAAAAAUGUAAACCACCGUUAACAUUCAAA